GACCACUUUGAAAGCCUUCAAUUUUGUCGACUGCUAGGCAGUUCUCACUGAGGCUGAAUUGAACCCUUCGACUUCGAACAGAGAUGUUUUCUCCAUAGAGUUACCCAUUUUAAACCUAUAGUGUACAUCUAGAUCUAGAUCUAUGUUUUUUUCCAACUUAGCGAAAAUCUGUCAGAAAUUAUUCGUACUGCUGUGAGAAAAUGAAGCCCAACCCAGCACCAUUUUUCAACUAUCGGAAGAGACAAAGACAGGCCAUAUUGUCUGACCCAUCGCAGCUUUCAGCAAGUUUAAAUCAGGCAGGACAAGCGUCAAACAAUGGAAAUCUCGUUGAAAAUGUUCCUAAGACAGGCACUAGUUUCAACCAAAGCCAACAAGCUUCUGCAUCAUAUCAAGCUGAUAAUGUGGGUUCUAGUUUUGGGAAGAGACAAGCUUCAGACUCAACUCACCAGAAUAACUUCAAUACAAGAUCAGGCCUAAUGGACCUGAGUGGCAAUUUUAAUCAAAGACAAACUUUUGCAUCACAUUCCAGUUGCAAACCGCAAGGAAGUUUUGGUGGGCGUGGUGGAUCCUUGAAAGAUAGUUUUUACAACGCUCAAAGCCCCAGUGUCAGAGGCAAAAGCUCUAUGCUAAAUGCAAGAGGCAGAGGGAGAGGUGAUUCAAAAUUACCAAUCUGGGAUAAAAAUCAGCAGCCGACCCACCAGAAGAAAUCUUCGACAGCUGCAUUCAGUAAUGAUAAUAACGAGUUAAUGAGUUCCUAUUCUACUGAAAUCAAUGGCAGUAUGAGCAGGGGGAAUAACAACAGAAACUUUUCUAGAGGUAGAGGAUCUACUUCUGCGGGCAGUCACUCAAUCAGUUGCAUUGCCCAAGAAAGUCCGGCUGGCAGGGCAGUGGCCAAUUCAAAAUCUAAGGCUUCCACUUCGGGACAAGGCAGGGGAGGAUUCUACUCCAAGGGACAACACAGCCAACCCAACAAUGAACAAAUGACAAACCCAUACAGAAAGAAAGCAGCAGAUGGUAGAAAUCCUGGAGAUCACAGAUCUGCACAGCAGUUUGACCCGUUCGACCCCAACUGUCCUGUGGCCUCAAUGUUCAAUGAUGACCUCAAGGAAGAAACUCCACAAGACAUAGCAAUCAAGGAAAAAAAAUCAAACCCAAAGUCUCAAGAAGUGGAUUCAUCAAUGCGGAUGUUCACAUGCCCGAUCAACACCAUGAGGGAGUGGAUGUCUCUGAAUGUAGCUCCUGGCUUAGUGAUGUUUGAAGUAUUCGGUAUCAUUGACUCGGCAGUUCUGAGAACCAAGGACGGUGCAGGGAAGGAGUUCAUGCUGAGUGACGAUAGCUCUAAGAUCAAGUGUAUCUUUUAUGAAAUUGACCGAGAAUUGCCUAAGAUAACCAGAGGUCAAGUUCACAGGGUCAUUGGUUCCGUGGACUGCAAGCAGAACAAAUUCAAAGUUGUGUCAGUGCGACCUGCGGAAGACGGAGAGAGGCAGAUCUGCCACUACGCGACACAAGGCUCCCACACUGAAAUGGAAGAGCUAGCUCGUCUGUCGAAUGAACCGUAGAGACACUUAACACUCUGCAAAUUACAGUGCAGCUUCUCUAUAACGACAUCGUCGGGACCAGAAAAAAAAUGUUGUUAUAGAGAGGGGACCAAAAAUUACUAAUGAUAUAUUAGGAAAAAAUCGAGACCUGGGCACCAUGUUGCUAUACACAGAGGAUGUCGUUAUAUCGAAAGUUGUUGUAGAGAGGUUGCACUGCAUUCCUUGCUGCUAAUUUGUAGCAAAAUGUAUGUGUUACAUAAUAUGCACAUAUACAUAUUCUCAUACAUACACAUACAUGAACUCAUACACGCACAGACGCACUCAUGCA